AUGGGUCCCCGGCAGCGGCUCCCCGGGGCGCACUGCUCGCUGCUGCUGCUGGCUGCGCUCCUGCGGAGGAAGGGCUGGCCACUGACUGAUGCUGUCUGGGCUUCUCUCCGGCAGGUCUCUCACGCUGCCCAGGGGCUGAACGAAGCCUCUUUCCCUGAGGACACAGAGUCUGACCCAGCGGGCACACCCUGGUGGAGUGACGCCGAUCUCUCUGAUGACGAAGACAUGCUGGCAGAUGAGGCCUCAGGAGAUGGCAACGGCAGCGGGGAGAACGGCAGUGGGAUCGCACUGCCCGACAUGCUGCUGUCCACCAGCCAGACGCCGAGCGUCACACUCUUGUCAAUGGCCCAACCAGGUGCAGCAGGGCAGCCCCAUCUGGCGGGUAUGACUGUGGCUGACCCAGACGAUGAGGCCCCGCUCAUCUACUUCCGCGCUCUGGUGAAUUUCACCAAGUCCAUUGACUACAGCCCGCGGCUGGACGACGCCAAUUCGGAGGAGUUCCGGGAGGUUUCGGAGGCCGUGGUGGAUACGCUGGAGUCCGAGUACUACAAGAUUGGUGGGGAGCAGGUGGUCAGCGUGGUGUUCAUCAAGGAAAUCGAUGGCUAUACCUUUGUGGAGCUGGAUGUGGGCUCAGAGGGGAACCUGGACGAGGGGGAGAUCCGCGAGGUGCUCUACUCUGUCAUCGAGAGCGGCUCCAUUGCCUCCUACAUCACCUCCACGCAGGGCUUCCAGUUCCGGCGCCUCGGGGCAGUGCCCCCGGAGGUGCGUGCCUGCACCGGGGAGGAGUUCGCCUGCACCAGCGGGGAGUGCAUCGACAAGGAGUUCCGCUGUGACCGCCGCCCUGACUGCCGCGACAUGUCGGACGAACAGAACUGCGAGUGCCCCAGCGAGGAGUUCCAGUGCGGCACUGGGGAGUGCCUGCCCUUGGCCUACCGCUGCGACCGCAGCCCUGACUGCAGGGACGGCUCCGACGAGCACGGCUGCGAUCGGCAGGAAACGGUGAUCCUCACACCCCUGCCCAUCACCACCGCUCAGCCAGCCACCUCCCGGACACCCACAACCACCCCCUUGACGCCCAUGGUCACUACCAGGAGGGUGCCGUUCACCACGCCCCCCCGGCUCAUCACCUCCAAGCACCCGCCGGUUCGGCGCCCCUUGGAGCAGCGCCCCUGCCGCCGGGACGAGGCCGUCUGCUCCAACAAGCAGUGCAUCCCCCGGGACUACCUGUGCGACGGCGAGCGGGACUGCCUGGAUGGGAGCGACGAGCUCAGCUGUGCCACCAAGGGCCCCGACGACACCUGCAGCCCCGACCAGUUCACUUGCGUGUACAGCCGCACCUGCAUCCCGGCCAGCUACCAGUGCGACGAGGAGGCUGACUGCCCCGACCGCUCCGACGAGGUCGGCUGCACACCGCCGCAAGUCAUCACGCCCCCCGAGGAGUCCGUGCAGGCCACCCCCGGGCAGACAGUGCGCUUCCGCUGCGUGGCCGUCGGAGUGCCUACCCCCAUCAUCACAUGGAGACUCAACUGGGGGCACAUACCUGCCAACAGGAGAGUGUCCAUAAGCAGCGAGAACGGCCACGGGACGCUGACCAUCCGGGACGUGAAGGAGGCCGACCAGGGUGCCUACACUUGUGAAGCCAUCAAUGCCCGGGGCAUGGUAUUCGGGAUCCCUGACGGCGUGCUGAGCCUCAUGCCCCGGCGUGGUCCCUGCCCCGAAGGACACUUCCAUGUUGAAGGUACCUCCAAGUGCCUGGCCUGCUUCUGCUUCGGCAUCACCACGGCUUGCCAUGGCACCAGCCGCUACCGGGACCAGAUCCGCCUGCGCUUCGACACGCCCAAUGACUUCAAGGGUGUGAACGUGACGACACCAGCGCAGCCGGGGACGCUGCCCCUCUCCUCCACACAGCUCCAGAUCGACCCCACCCUGCAGGAGUUCCAGCUCGUGGACCUGUCCAGGAGGUUCCUGGCACACGACUCCUUCUGGACAUUGCCCAACCAGUUCCUGGGCAACAAGGUGGACUCCUACGGCGGGUACCUCAGCUUCAAGGUGCGCUAUGGGCUGGCGCGCGGCCAGUCAGAGCCCGUGCAGAAGUCCAACGUGGUCAUUAUGGGGAAUGGGCAGAAGCUCAUCUACCGGGUGCAGGUGCCCACCCAGCCGUCGGUCGUCAACCAGCGCCAGAUUCACUUCACAGAGGAGAACUGGCAGCAUGAGUCGGGUGCCCCGGUGAGCCGGGAGACGCUGCUCCUGGCCCUGCAGAACCUGGAGAGCAUCCUGGUGCAGACGGUCUACGACAAUAAGAUGGCGAGCGUGGGGCUGAGUGACAUCGCCAUGGACACCACCACCAUGGAGCUCACCAGCCAGGGCGUGGCGCAAGGCGUCGAGGAGUGCAGGUGCCCCAUCGGCUACUCAGGCCUGUCCUGCGAGAGGUGCGAUGCCCGGUUUGAGCGGGUACGCGAGGGCCCCUACCUCGGCACCUGCUCCGGCUGCAACUGCCACGGGCACUCCAGCUCCUGUGACCGUGCCUUCGGCUACUGUCUGAACUGUCAGCACAACACAGAGGGGCCUCAGUGUAACAAGUGCAAACCUGGCUUCUUUGGAGAUGCCACCAGAGGCAACGCCACGGCCUGUCGGUCCUGCCCCUGCCCCUACACCGUCUCCACGCGCAGGUUCUCUGACACGUGCUUCCUGGACACGGACGGCCAGGCCACAUGCGAUGCCUGUGCCCAGGGAUACACGGGGCGACGCUGUGAGAGCUGUGCCCCUGGCUACGAAGGGAACCCCAUGCAGCCGGGCGGGAGAUGCGUGCCAACUGGUCAGGAGAUCACGAAGUGUGACGAGCGGGGGAGCAGUGACUCCACAGGAGGCGCCUGCCGCUGUAAGCCCAACGUGGCGGGACGUCUCUGCAACGAGUGCACGUCUGGAGCCUUUUACCUGAGCGACCAGAACCCCGACGGCUGCCUGAAGUGUUUCUGCAUGGGGGUGUCCCGGCAGUGCGCCAGCUCCUCCUGGAACAGAGAGCAGGUGCAGGCCAUGGACGGUGAGUGGGCGCACUUCAGCCUAGCCAACCUGGCCAACACCCGCACAGUCAGCGAGGGCAUCCGCUCCCUGAGCCACGCCGAGUUGGCCUUUUCCACCUUCCACGCCCUGCCCCGCGACGUCUACUACUGGGUGCUGCCUGACCGCUUCAAGGGAGACAAGGUGACCUCGUAUGGCGGGGAGCUGCACUACACUGUUAUGCACAGCGCGGCGCCCAGCGCCCAGCCCCUGCGCAGCCAGCCCGACGUGCUUCUGCGUGGCAACGGCAUCUUCCUGGAGCACUUCGCCGAGACCGGCCCCCUGCCGGGGACCCCCACCCGCUUCACUGUCCCCUUCCGAGAGCGUGCCUGGCGCCGAGCUGAUGGGCAGGCUGCCACGCGGGAGCACCUGUUGAUGGCGCUGGCCGAUAUCGACCUCUUCAUGAUCCGGGCAUCGUACACGGACAGGCCGGCGGAGAGCAGGCUCUCCAACAUCCACAUGGACGUGGCCGUGCCCCAUGCCACUGGCCUGGAGCGGGCGGUGGAGGUGGAGGAGUGCACCUGUCCCCCUGGCUACCGUGGCCCUUCCUGCCAGGACUGCGAUGUGGGCUAUGCUCGCACCACCAGCGGCCUCUACCUGGGUACCUGCAAGCGCUGUGACUGCAGCGGGCACUCAGGCGAGUGUGAUGCCGAGACAGGAGACUGCCAGAACUGCCAGGACAAAACCGAGGGCACCAGGUGCGAACGCUGCCAGCCAGGUUACUAUGGCGAUGCCCAACGAGGGACCCCAGCAGACUGCCAGCCCUGCCCAUGCCACGGGCCAUACGCAACCAGCCAGGCCACGAAAACCUGCUUCUUGGACACGGACGGACAGCCCACAUGUGAUGCCUGCACCACGGGCUACGUGGGACGCCAGUGCCAGAGGUGUGCUCCUGGCUAUGUGGGGAACCCCAGCCUGGGACAGCCCUGCAGAGAGCUCACCGGACACUGCAGCUGUGACCCCCAAGGCAGCGUGAGCAGGCAGUGUGAUGCCAGCGGGCAGUGCCAGUGUAAGCCUCACGUGGAGGGUCCCUCCUGCAGCAGCUGCCGUGCCCACCAUUUCCACCUGAGCGCCGAGAACCGCGAGGGUUGUCUGCCCUGCUUCUGCAUGGGUGUGACCCAGCAGUGCACCAGCUCCUCCUACUACCGGGGCCUGGUCACUAGCCCCUUCCUCCCGGGCGACUUCCAGAACUUCGCCCUGGUGAACCGCCAGCACAGCACCCGCGUCGUGACCGGCUUCGUCGUGGAGCUGUCAGCCGAGGGGCCGCAGCUCUCCUUCGGGCGCUUCGGCCAGCUGGGCCAGGAGUCCUACUACUGGCAGCUGCCUGGGCCCUACCAAGGAGACAAGAGAGAAAUCUAUUUUGCCCGGAUGCGCCGUGCGCACAAGAAUGGCACAUCCCUUACGGAGGACCAGCUGCGGAAGGCUGUGGCCGCGGGUAGGAUCCUGGGCUCUGGAGGGGGCAGCCGCAGGGUUAGACGAGUGGCUAAGGCUGACGAAGCGCAGUGGAGGCUGGAUGCUGAGAUCUGGGAGCUGCUCUCUGGCUUCGCCGUGGGGCAGGUGGCCUCUCCACACAGCGCUCCGGCCCCCAUGGGUAGGGCCGCCCCAAGGCCCCGGGCCCAGCUAGCAGGCCUGCAAGGCCCCCCCGCCGCCCGGCUGGCUCACAGCCCCCCUCCUCGCCCUCUCCUGGCCGCAUCUCCCCAGUCCUCCUCCUCCUCGAAGACGUCUUCAUCCCCUGCUUCCCUGGCCGCCCCGGGUUCGCCCCUGGCACCGCGGGCCCUGCAGCCCCAGCGGGAAGCAUUGCUCAGACCUCGCUCCCAGGAGUCCAGCAACCUCCUCUCCCAGGGCCCCAGGCUUGCUGCUGUGGCUGAGAAGCAAUACUGGAAGCGGCCCGACGGGCAGCAUGCCACCCGGGAGCACCUGAUGAUGGCGCUGGCCGACCUGGACGAGAUCCUCAUCCGUGCCACCUACUCCACUGACAUGGUGUCGGCCAGCAUUGCUGGUGUCAGCAUGGAGACCGCUGUGCCCACCUACAGCAGCCUGCCACGGGCACUGGAGGUGGAGGAGUGCCGCUGCCCGCCUGGGUACCGAGGCCUCUCCUGCCAGGACUGUGCUGCUGGCUACACUCGCACGGGAGGUGGCCUGUACCUCGGGCACUGCGAGCUGUGUGAGUGCAAUGGCCACUCGGACUCCUGUCACCCAGAGACGGGGGCCUGCUCGAACUGCUUACACAACGCGGCCGGGGAGUUCUGCGACCAGUGUGCCCCUGGCUACUACGGUGACGCCACCGCCGGGACCCCCGAGGACUGCCAGCCUUGCGCCUGCCCACUCUCCGAGCCUGAGAACCAGUUCUCGCGGACGUGUGAGAGCCUGGGGGCGGGCGGCUAUCGCUGCUCGGCCUGCGAGCCCGGCUACACUGGCCAGUACUGCGAGCAAUGUGCACCAGGCUAUGUGGGGAACCCCAGCGUGCGGGGGCAGAAGUGUGUACCUGUGGACCGAGCCCCUUUCGUGGUACGAGUCCACCCGCCAAAGACCACGGUCUCACAGGGGGGUGAGGUGACCCUGCGCUGCCAGGCCAGCGGCAGCCCGCCCUACUACUACUCCUGGUCGCGGGAAGAUGGGCGCCCCGUGCCCAGCACUGCCCAGAGCAGACGGCAAGGUGAAGAGCUCCACUUCCCCAACAUCCAACCCUCUGAGGCUGGUGUGUACGUCUGCACCUGCCGCAGCCUGCAGCACAGCAAUGCCAGCCGGGCAGAGGUCGUUGUCACGGAGGCCCCCAGCAAACCCAUCACGGUCACCGUGGAGGAGAAGAGGGUCCAGAGUGUGAAGCCUGGAGCUGACGUCACCUUCAUCUGUACGGCCAAGAGCAAGUCUCCGGCCUACACACUGGUCUGGACGCGCCAGAACCACGGCAAGCUGCCACGCCGCGCCAUGGACUUCAACGGCAUCCUCACCAUCCGCAACGUGCAGCCCGAGGACGCCGGCAUCUAUGUCUGCACCGGCUCCAACAUGCUGGACAUGGCUGAGGGCACGGCCACACUGCACGUGCAAGCCCCUCCUAAGACUCAGAUGUUUUAUGGACCCAUCGAAGUCAUGGAAGGCCACAGACCCUCUGCCACUGCCGUCCUGCCCACAGCCACCAUCAAGCCAGCACAGCUGACGGUCCAGCCAGGCCAGCCGGCUGAGUUCCACUGCAUUGCCACCGGGAGCCCCCCACCCACUGUGGAGUGGAUCGGAGGGCAGGCUGGUGUCAUGUCUCGCAAGGCUGUGAUCCAGGGAGGGACCCUGCGCUUCCCCGCUGUGGAGCCCUCGGACGAGGCGGAGUAUCUGUGCCGUGUGCGUAGCAGUGCUGGGCAGCACGUGGCCCGGGCCUUCCUGCAAGUGCACACUGCCAGCAUGCCGCAGGUGCAGGUGAGCCCGGAGCGGACAGAGGUGCAGGAGGGCAGCACGGUGAGACUGUACUGCAGGGCUGCCGGCUCCCCCACCGCCACCAUCAGCUGGGAGAAGCAAGGGGGCAGCCUCCCACCCCAGUCCCGCUCAGAGCGCACCGACAUCGCCACUCUGGUGAUCCCCUCCAUCACGGCCGCUGACAGCGGGGUCUACCUGUGCAUCGGGACCAGCCCAGCCGGUGUCGGCAGCGCCAGGAUCGAGGUGGUGGUGCUACAAGCCUCGGUCACGGCACCCACCAUCCGGAUCGAGGCCUCGUCGUCUUCCAUCGCUGAGGGACAGACCCUGGAUCUGAACUGCCGCGUCACGGGCCAGGCACCAGCCACAGUGACGUGGUACAAGCGGGGGGGCUCUCUGCCGGCCAGACACCAGGUCUCCGGCUCCCACCUACGCAUCUCUCAGGUCUCGGCGGCCGACUCGGGUGAGUACGUCUGCCGCGUGAGCAUCGGUGCCAGCUCCCGUGAGGCCUCCAUCUUAGUUACUGUCCAGCACAGUGCCGGCUCCCCACAUGCCCCCCCCAUCCACAUUGAGUCCUCCUCCUCCGCCGUCACUGAGGGACAGUCCUUGGACCUGAACUGCCUCGUCCCGGUCCAGUCGCCAGCCACGGUCAUGUGGUACAAGCGGGGGGGCUCCCUGCCGGAUGGCCACCAGGUCUCCGGCUCCCACCUGCGGCUGGUCCGGGUCUCAGUGGCCGACUCGGGUGAGUACGUCUGCCGCGUCAGCACCGACGCUGGUAUCCAAGAGGCCUCCAUCAUCGUCACCAUCUACCGCACCACCGGCUCACCCUACUCCUCAGGUGUCGAGCCCCCUGUCCGCAUUGAGUCUUCCUCGUCCUCCAUCGCUGAGGGACAGACCCUGGACCUGCACUGCCUUGUCAUGGGCCAGGCACUAGCCACAGUCACGUGGUACAAGCGGGGGGGCUCCCUGCCGGCCAGUCACCAGGUCUCUGGCUCCCACCUGCGCAUCCCCCAGGUCUUGGCAGCCGACUCCGGCGAGUACGUCUGCCGCAUCAGCACUGGCACCAUGGUCCAAGAAGCCUCCGUCAUUGUCAGCGUCAGCAGCGCCGGGUCUUCCUACUCCUCGGACAUCCGCCCCCCAAUUUGGAUAGAGCAGUCAUCAUCCUCUGUCACUGAGGGACAGACCCUGGACCUGAAGUGCCUUGUCGCAGGCCAGACACCAGCCACGGUCAUGUGGUACAAGCGGGGGGGCUCCCUGCCGGCGAACCACCAGCUCUCCGGCUCACACCUGCGGCUGGUCCAGGUCUCGGCGGCUGACUCGGGCGAGUAUGUCUGCCGCGUCGGCACCAAGGAGGCCUCUGUCAUCGUCACCAUCCAACAGAGCAGCAGUAUCUCCUAUCCCUCAGGCAUCACCCCACCAGUGAGGAUUGAGUCUUCCUCGUCCUCUGUCGCCGAGGGACAGACCUUGGACCUGAACUGCCUCGUUGCGGGCCAGGUGCAGCCCAGAGUCACAUGGCACAAGCGGGGGGGCUCCCUGCCAGCCAACCAUCAGGUCUCCGGCUCGCGCUUGCGCAUCCCCCAGGUCACGGCGGCCGACUCAGGCGAGUACGUCUGCCGUGUCAGCACUGGCGCCAUCACCCAGGAGACCUCGCUCAUCGUCACCAUCCAGGGCGGUGCCGGCUCCUCCUACUCUCUGGGCGUCACCCCCCCUGUGAGGAUUGAGACCUCUUCCGCGUCCAUUGCCGAGGGACAAACCUUGGACCUGAACUGCAUGGUCGCAGGCCAGGCACAGCCCAGAGUCAUGUGGUACAGGCGAGGGGACUCCCUGCCAGCCAGUAGCCAGGUCUCCGGCUCCCGCCUGCGCAUCCCCCAGGUCUCAGUUGCCGACUCGGGCGAGUACAUCUGCCGUGUCAGCAAUGGCGCUGGCCCCCUGGAGGCCUCCGUCAUCGUCACCAUCCCCCGCAGUGCUGGCUCCUCGUACCCCUCGGGCCUGGCGCCCCCUGUCCGGAUUGAGUCUUCCUCAUCCUCCAUCGCGGAGGGACAGACCUUGGACCUGAACUGCCUCGUCACGGGCCAGGCACAGCCCAGAGUCACGUGGUACAAGCGGGGGGGCGCUCUGCCAGACAGUCACCAGGUCUCCGGCUCCCGCCUGCGCAUCCCCCAGGUUUCGGCGGCCGACUCGGGCGAGUAUGUCUGCCGCGUCAGUACCGGCGCCGUCACCCAGGAGGCAGCUCUUGUCAUCACCAUCGAGGACAGCACCGGCCCAUCCUACUCUUCGGGCAUGGUGCCCCCCAUGCGGAUCGAGUCUUCCUCAUCCUCCAUCACCGAGGGACAGACCCUGGAUCUGAACUGCCUUGUCGCGGGCCAGGCGCCAGCCACAGUCACGUGGUACAAGCGGGUGGGCUCCCUGCUGGCCAGUCACCAGGUCUCUGGCUCCCGCCUGCGGCUGGUCCAGGUCUCUGCAGCCGACUCAGGCGAAUACGUCUGCCGUGUCAGCACCAGCGCCGGCCCCCGCGAGGCCUCCAUCACUGUGAGCGUCCCCUCUGGCACCAGCUCCUCCUACCGUCUGCAGAGCCCCAUCAUCUCCAUCGAGCCGCACAGCACUGCUGUGCGCCAGGGCGAGGAUGCCACCUUCAAGUGCCGCAUCCACGGUGGCGCCCGGCCCAUCAAUAUCACCUGGAAGAUGGCCCCAAAGCAGCAUCUGCAAGUUGCUCUGGUUUGGAGCAUAGCACUUAAUAUCCCCAGGUCUGUGCAGUGCAGGGACCAACAGGGAGCCAGCACCAGGGCCCGAGCUGGCAGGGCUACAGCCUCUGCCUCCUCCCGGGCAUGGAGCAGCACUUGUGCCAUGUGCUACUCCACUGUGCGGUGUGUUCCCUGUAACUCGUGUGUCUGUCUCCAUGCAGGCCCAGCCCUGGCGGCACUGGACCGUGAGUGGGCCCUGGAGGGCAGCGGGGGAAACGACGCCCCAGGCCAGUACGGAGCCUACUUCCAGGAUGGCGGCUACCUCGCGCUCCCCCGGCACGUGCUGUCCCGCAGUCACCCCAAGUCUCCAGAGACCAUUGAAUUGGAAGUGCGCACGCGCUCCCCAAACGGCCUCCUCCUGUGGCAAGGCGUGGUGACCGGGCAGCCUGCUCUCAAGCCACAUGCUACUAACGAGGAGGAAGGGCAGAACGGCAAAGCCAAGGACUUCAUCAGCCUCGGCCUGAGAGAUGGACACCUGGUGUUCAGUUACCAGCUGGGCAGCGGCGAAGCCAGCAUCGUCUCUGAGGACCCCAUCAACGAUGGAGAGUGGCACAGAGUGACAGCCAUUCGGGAAGGCAGACGGGGCUCCAUUCAGGUGGACGGCGAGGAGCUGGUGAGUGGGGAGUCGCCAGGCAGCAAUGUCAUGGUGAACACCCAAGGCAGCGUGUACAUAGGAGGCGCUCCUACUAUCCAGGCCCUGACCGCCGGCAAGUUCCGCUCAGGAAUCACAGGGUGCAUUAAAAACCUGGUGCUGAGCAGCGAGCGGCCCGGCCAGCCGCCACGGCAGCCCAUUGACUUGCAGCAUCACUCGGAGGCGGGAGUUAACAUGCAAGAGUGCCCCUCAUAGGCUGGCCGCCGCCUGCCCCGCGUCCGCAGGCCAAUCGUGGGACGUCGGCUGUUUUAUUAUUACGAUGAUUCAUUUUUUUAAAGAAACCCAGAGGAAAAUGGUGCUUCGCUGCUACCCCAAACCAGUGGGGGAUGGGUUUGUUUGUGUGAUUGGUGCGUGGCAGCAGGGGGGCAGCCACGCCUCCUGCCAGCCCCAUGGGAACGCGGACCCUUCGGAACUGAGACGGUGGAGUCAACCCAACCGCACUGGGCCCGGGGCCAUAGAGAGCCGGGAGCCCAACCCAGUGCCGGCCCUCGCUACGUCCUGCCCCACAAGGGCCCCACAGGAUGGGGAGCUCACCCCUCUGCCUUCCAGCUUUAGUGCUCAGAGCAUGUGCCCCCGAGCUGGGCGGGAAGGAGGGUGCCAGCUGGCUCUGCUGUGCCCCAUGCCCGCCAAGGGACAGGGGGUCUGGGGAGAGGGGCAGACGGGGCAUCGUUUCUCCUCUAGGGAGGGACGGGAUCCACAUUCAUCCUCCAAAGUUAGGAGUGUGGGAUCAAAGUCACAGCCUGCCUUGCAGUGCCACGCCUCACCCCGCUCAGGGGGAAUCGACAGGAGAGCCUGCCCCCUCUCUCCGGGAGCAGUGAGGGGGCAGGCAGGGGGCUCCCAGCCUGGUCACCCCUCCCACUCCAUUUCAUGGGCCAGCACUACAGGAGCCAGCAGGCCGGGGCAGGGGUUCCCGCCAGGAUCUGUCUGUUUACACUGUAGCCAUCCCCAUUGCCUCAGCCAGGCUCCAGCCUCCGCGCCACGGCUGCCCCAAGCCACUAGCUGGGCUGUCUCCCUAGAUUAUCACCUGGAGGAUCGUGCCCAUGGAGCAGGAGGACAGGGGCAGGCCCCAGGAGCCCAUGCAUAAGGGCAGCCCCAUGGCUCGCUCCAGGUGCUGGUGGCAGGAGCAUCCCAUGGCCAGAGGCUGCUACGUGUUCCUGUGGGCAGCCAGCAGACACCCCCCCCCGCCCCAAAGAUCAUUCCUCCCCAGUCAGAUGGGCGGACAGACGCAAGUGCCUUACUAGCAGCAGGACCCUCUGGGGUCCGGGCUGCCCCUAUUCAUCCAACAACCAUUGGGCAGACCCUUAAAAGCUGCCCACCCAUUCCCUGCCCUGCCUGGCGGGGGGUGUUCCCGGCUCUGGAGCCAUCUGCGCCCAGGACAAUCUUCACUCACUGCUCUUGCCGGCUCUACCAGGUCCAGAUCUAAGCACUUGCCCAGGGCCGGGCCCUGUGAAUCGCACCACCAGCUGCACUGGCUGGAGCCUGCCCAGCAUCACGGCUCCUUUUUCACCACCACCGUCACUUGGUGGGACAGAGACGACUCGGCCUAGGCAGCGGCAGGCCGGGCAGAACAGCCCACUGCAAACAGCCCUUUGCCCCAGCCCACCACCGGCUCCCUGAGCAGAACCGAGAGCUCCAAGGGCACCUCCUCUAAUGGAGCCCAGCAAAUGUCACCUCUCUGCCUGGGUGACGUCCGGCCGCGGGGCGAGGCGCCAGCACAUGCCACAGCUCCCGCUGCCGCUGCCUUGCAUUGUCCUUCUGCCCAGGGCGGCUGCCACCCCAGAGAACAGCAGGGAGCCAGGCUGCUUGUGUUCCUGCCGUUCAGAUGGCACCCUGUUAACGCACCCGACCCCAGACCGCGUCCGACUUGUGCUGUUUCACUGGAUUCCUAUUAAACGACAAAUAAUGCCUGA